GAACCUGAAGAGCACAAGCCAAAUAAGAUACCCCUCCUCCACUGUCCAGCAUCAAACUUUCCAUGGGGCAUCCUUCCUGUCGCCCUCGUAGCAUCUACCGCCCAUCAGUACCUACGUGCUCAUUUGGUCAGCGUCCAUCCCCUCAACCGCUGCCUGAGCUGAAGCCAUGGCCUGCUCCAGUAAACCAUCUGGAACCUGUUAAGAAGAACCUGUAUGCCAAGUGAGCAGAGAGCUCAACUCCAACUCAAAAGCUUUGUCCCUGGCCUCAUCAUGAACUCCAUGUAUGCUGCAUUGGACAAAUUCUGAGCUGCUGCAUUCGACAAACUAUGAGUGUGGAGUUUGUGCAGAUUAUAGCACUAGCCUGUUUCAGAGCCGUGGUAGCUGAAGCUCAAGCUCGCUGCCGGCAUGGGGGCGGAUGGCAAGAAGCCGUACGUGAUCGCGGUGAUCAUACAGGUGAUCUACACCGGCAUGUUCGUCGUCUCCAAGGCGGCGUUUAACCAGGGGUUCAGCACCUACGUCUUCAUCUUCUACCGACAGGCGGCUGCGUCUCUCCUACUGCUGCCUCUCGCCAUUGCCCUCGAGAGGAAAAACGCGCGGUCAAUGUCCUUCCGGUUGCUCCUGAAGCUGUUCAUGUUUGCCUUGAUCGGGACUACAUUUAGCUUGAAUCUGUACAACGUUAGCCUCAAGUUGACAUCCGCGACCGUGGGCUCCGCAACCAGCAACUCCAUGCCUGUGGUCACCUUCUUCAUAGCGCUUCUGCUGAGGAUGGAGGUGGUGAAGCUGAGGAGCCCCUCGGGCAUGGCCAAAGUGGCCGGCGUGGGGCUCUGCCUCGCCGGGGUGCUCGUCAUCGCCUUCUACGUGGGUCCGUCACUGAACCCGGUGAACCACCACCGCGUCUGGGCUGCCGCGACCGGAGACGCCGGCGCGACGAGGGGGACGUGGAUCAUGGGCACCUUCCUCAUGGUGCUCGCCAACGUGACGUGGUCCGUGUGGAUCGUGCUGCAGGCGGCGCUGCUCAAGGAGUACCCCAACAAGCUGCUCGUCACGGCGACGCAGUGCGUCUUCAGCGCCGGUCAGUGCUUCGUCGUCGCCGCGGUCGCCGAGCGGGACUUCUCCAGGUGGCAGCUCCGCUUCGACGUCACCUUGCUCGCCGUCCUCUACACCGGGUUCGUGGUGACGGGGGUGUCCUACUACCUGCAAGCAUGGUGCGCGGACAUGAAAGGGCCGGUCUUCCUCGCCGUGUGGACCCCGCUCUGCUUCGUCCUCACCAUUUUCUGCUCCUCCUUCUUCCUCGGAGAGAUCGUCCACCUCGGCAGUAUCUUGGGUGGAAUUCUUCUCGUUGGAGGUCUGUACAGCGUGCUGUGGGGCAAAAGCAAGGAGAACCGGAUUGCGCCAUGCGGCGAGACCAAUAUGAUCCAUGGCGUGGAGGGCGAGAAUUCUGGAGAAGAUGAGGAGAAGAACGAGAGGAGCAGCCAAGUUAACGGGGACAGGGAGCACGAUAAGGAAGCAACGAUAUCGCCAGCUGAACAAGUCUGAUUUGAUCGAGUGAAGGAGGCUCCAUCUAUCUCAUGCGAUGCAUCCAUUAUUCGAGCAACUAUGAAUUAUAUUCAACUCAAACCACAAAGAAGAGGAACGGCGAACGGCCCUGAUUGGGUUUAUGAUCAGUACUCUUCGGCUAAUUCUUAGUUGCUUAUUUUUUUUACAAAUCCCGGUCACCUCAAAUUGCAUAUAUCACUAAGCCUUACACUGUAAUCUCUGAAGGUGUGCAACUUGUAGCAUGUAUGUUAUAUGUGGAGUAACUUGGACAUGGCAAUGGUUGGAUGUUGCUCCAAAGGAU